CGGACGAAAUUAUCCAUGCUGGCAUAAGAUUCUCUCUUCCUCAUUUCUUCACAUCUUUUCAUUUCAUCCUCUCCCACCCCACCACACCACACCACACCCAGUGACUGUGUACUAUACCACUUCCACUAUCAUAUAUCUAUCAUAUCACUUUUUUUCUUUCUCUAACAAUAAUAAUAAUAAUAAUAAUAACAUAAUCAUAUCACUGUUCAAUUACCUACAAUACAAUACAAACCCUAAAUUAAAAAGUACAAUCCAUCCAGCGAAAAGGAAAAGUAGUUAGAUAAAAGAUUGAUUGGAGUUGUCUCAAUUUGGUGUAUAGUAUUAUGGGUUGUACCAGCUCAAAGCUGGAUGAUCUCCCGGCGGUAGCUUUAUGCCGGGAACGCUGUUCUUUUCUAGAUGAAGCUAUUCAUCAACGUUACUCUCUUUCUGCUUCUCAUCUUUCUUAUAUCAAUUCUCUCACUUCUAUUGGUCAUUCUUUACAUCACUUCAUUCAACACGAUUCUACCAUCUCCUCCUCCUCCUCAUCUCCUCCUCCACCUUCACCUCCUCCUAAAACCCACCAUCUCUCCUCCACCACCAAACACUCUUCCCCUUCUCCACCUCACUCCGAUCAUGAUUCCGGUCAUCUUGAUUUCCACUCUGAUUCCGACGAUGAUGAUGAACAUCAAUUUCACGAUGAUGACGAUCAUGAUUUCGAUUCUUCACCUCCUCACAAACAACACCAAUACUACAAUAAUCAAUUUCACAUCAAUUACGCUAAGAACAAACCACCUCCACCUUCUUCAAUUGUAUACGAACAUAGACCCAUCACUAACCAAACUGUUUAUGUCGGUGAAUCUUCUUCUUCCUCCUCAUCUUAUUACAACCCUUAUCAACAACCAUAUCCAUAUCCACCAUAUAACAACAAUAACAACUAUUACGGUUAUUCAAAUCCCCCACCUUCUUCUUCCUUCUAUGGAUCUUCCCCACCUCCUAUACCUCCUUCUUCAAAGCCACCUCCUGCUCCACCUUCUCCUCCAAAAACUUCUACUUGGGAUUUUCUCAAUUUCUUCGAAAACCAUGACAAAUACUAUCCACAGACUACUCAAUACACACCCACUGCUACACCUAGCCGAGAUUCAAAUGUUGUCAGGGAGGAAGAAGGGAUUCCUGAUUUGGAAGAUGAGGAUGAAGUUGUUAAACAGGUUCAUGGAGAUCAAAAGCUUGUUCCUCCACCUAAUUCUAAUCAUUCCAAUGAUCAUCAUGAUCAUGGUCAUCUUGAAGAUGAAGAAGAUGAGUCUGAAGUUGAAUAUGAGGUUCAUGUUGUAGAAAAGAAAGUUGUUAAUGAUGAUGAUAAGCCCAAGUCCAAGUCCAAGCCCAAUUCCGCUUUUCGGCCUGGUAACAGGAAUCCUCUUGAGGUUGCCAGAGAAAUUCAGAUUCUUUUUCAGAGGGCUUCUGAUUCCGGUUCACAUAUCGCGGAUAUCCUUGAAGUUGGAAAGCUCCGUUAUCAUCACAAAGCAGCAGCUACUUCCAAGAUGUUGCAUCUGGUUGCUCCUUCAUUGUCCGUGGUGUCUUCUGCUUCAAGAAAUGCACAAUCUGGUGAUGCUAACAGUGUGGAUCUUGAUGUUGAACUCACCACCAGGUCGCGCAAUCUUAGCUCUACACUCCACAAGCUGUAUCUAUGGGAAAAGAAACUCUAUCAGGAAGUUAAGUCAGAGGAAAAGAUGCGGGUCAUUCAUGAUAGGAAGUGUCGCAAACUAAAGCGUUUAGAAGAAAGAGGUGCUGAUUUUGAUAAAGUUGGUUUAACUCGAACUGUGAUUGGAGAUCUCUCUACGAAAAUAAGUAUGGCAAUCAAUGUUGUUGACAAGAUUUCUAUGACGAUAAAUAAGAUAAGGGAUGAAGAACUGUGGCCGCAGCUGAAAGGAUUGAUCCAGGGGUUUAGCAGAAUGUGGAAAUCCAUGCUUGAGUGCCAUCGUAGUCAGUGCGAAGCAAUUAGAGAAGCCAGAAUUCUGGGUUCAGUUGCAUCCAGAAAGAAAAGUGGUGAUAGUCAUCUUCUAGCUACCAAGCAGCUUGAACAAGAGCUUAUCAAUUGGACUUUCCAAUUCGCUGGCUGGGUAAGUGCCCAGAAAGGUUAUGUCAGAGCAUUGAAUAAUUGGCUGCUGAAAUGUCUCCUAUAUGAACCUGAAGAAACAUCUGAUGGCAUAGUCCCCUUUUCCCCUAGUAGGAUUGGCGCCCCGCAAAUAUUUGUAAUAUGUAAUCAGUGGUCUCAAGCUUUGGAUAGAAUAUCUGAAAAGGAAGUUGUUGAUACCAUGCAUGUAUUCACUAUGAGUGUCCUUCAUAUAUGGGAACAAGAUAAGCUAGAAUUGCAUCAGCAACUGAUACAAAACAAGGAUCUUGAGAGAAAAGUGAGAAAUAUAGACAGAGAUGACCAGAAGCUGCAGAAGCAAAUUCAGGCGUUAGAGCGGAAGAUAGUCAUGACAUCUGGGGAUGGUAAAGGUCUCUCAGUUUCUGAGAAUAUCAUAUUUCAGAGUGACAAAAGCAGUAACCUACAGGCUAGUUUGCAGCGUAUUUUUGAGGCAAUGGAGAGAUUUACUAAUGAAUCUUUGAGAGCUUACGAGGAGCUGCUACUACGGAGUGAAGAAGAAAGCACCCCUCGAAAUCAUGAAUGAGUUUCCCAAGGUUGUAGUUUGAUGCAAGUUUAAACCAUAUCCUCGCCAUUUUUUUAAGAAUAGAAUCUCUCCUGCUGUUUGCUUUUAUUUACAACACAGUUUUGGGAGGAGGGGUUGGAUUUGAUUUCCCUAUUGCAUCCUGGCAGGGGUUUAUGCAUGUUUUGAAAGAAGAGUUCAAUGGAAAUUUUUCAAUAUGCUAAGCAGCAUGCGGGAUGGGACAGUGGAAUUUGUUGUCCGACGAGAGAUUCUUUGGGGUUUGUAAGUUGGAGGCCAGAGUUGUACAAUUUCUCUUUGGGUACUUGGCAGGUUGAACAAGGGAAGUUUUCUUGACUAAGCACACAGGCUUUGACUGUUUGAGCUCAGAAAAGACAGAAGAUCCUACACACUUUAUUUCAACAUCCAGAGGGCCUUUCUUUCUUCAAUAGAAAACAGAAAUGUGUUCAGAUGAAGGACCAACUUUCAGCUGCCUUUACCCUGCACAAAUCCUGCGAUGAAGGGGGCUCAAACUGAAGCAGUAUAAUGAGCUUAUAAAUGAAAGAAAGUAAAUUCUGAUGAGCAAUUGGACAAGUCUCACUCACAUGAUAAAACAUAGUAGCUGUCUCUGAGUGGCGCAAGUCACUGAAUUAUUAUUUCCUGUAUAAAAUUAUGUUCCUCCUAUAAAAAAAAUAUUUGUUCUUAAUUAAAUUAUUGUACAGGUUCCUAUUGACACUGUUCCAGGUUUAAUGGAAAACACAUGGAAUAAAGUGUCAUUGUUCAUCCUCUCUUGUGAUGGCUGAUAACUAUUGAAAGAACGAUAUAGAAUUCCAUUUAUGAAAUGGGAAGAAAAUGUUAGGUUCCAACAA